AUGCAAAGAAGAAGUAGAAAGAUCAGAGCGGACGAUGUUAUAGAACUACUUUCAUCGAGUCAGGAAAACUCAGCUGGAGACUCAUCUAACAAUGAAAGCGACAGUGAAAGUGAUGUGGAAAGUGCAUUUCAAAGUAGAAUGGAUAGACGAUCCACCGUUCGCCAAACGAGACAAGAAAGAGCAAAAGUUUCUGGGAAACAGAGACAUGUCUCCGAAUCCGCUGAGGAAUCUGCUGAUAGUGAGGAUGGUGUUGAAGACUCAAAGUUUUCCAAAGUUGAUAUCAUACCUCGUUUACAAAGACCAACUACUAAAAAGCAGAACGUAAAGAAAUCUGCAAGAGAAGAGGUUGUUGAAGUAUCUGAUGAAGACAGUGAGAGUGAUAGUCCAAUACAGGUUCCAGAUUCCUCUCCUCACCGCAAUCCAAGAAACGUUCAUUCUAUGGAAUUGGACUCCUCCCCAAUAGGUAAACCAACAACUAGGCUAACGAGUUUACGUGAAACAUUUUCUUACAAUCCGAAAAAAGAGUCACCAAAACCGUCUAUAAGCUCUGAUUACAGAGAGCUAAAGAGGACUUUCCCAGAUAUUCCUGCAACUACAAUUAUGUCUGCCUUGAAAUCGGAGAAAACCCUCAGAGAUGCCAUGCGUUACCUAAGGAAACUUGAACCUUCUUUUAGAUCAAAAAGCUCUAAUUCCAUCAAGUCUCAGAGAUUGGCAUCACUAAGCGAUGCUAAUAAACGGGGUAGACUGAUUUUAUCGUCUCCUGUUAGGGCAGAUGUUCCUAUCAGCAAUAGGAAGGGUUUGCCAAAGUUGCGAGAUGCAAGACUGGAACGGGAGAGUAGAUUGAGAGAAAAGGCCAGGUUGAUUGAAGAAAAGAAAUCUAAGCAGAUUGAGUACGAGCGUGCCUUGGCAAGACAAAGGGCUGAAAGAGAGUCUAUCAAGUCCUCGAAAGUUCAGUUGGACAAUACUAAGAAAUCACUUAGAGCACAGUAUGUUGGCAAUAGAUUGAGUAAACAUCGUAAUACCAAAACACUGAAAGGUGAGACGUCCGAAGAAGAAGAAGAAAAAGAAGGUCAUGAUGAUGAUGAUCGUAGCGAUGAAAGCUUGGUUGAGUUGGUGGAAUCGGAUGAUUCUCAUGAUGAAGUGGCACCUCCUAACCGUCGUGGAAGCAAGAGAAGAUAUGAAGAUGAUGAUGACUAUGAUCCAUACUCAAGGCCAAGAACGGGUAUAGGCCGACAAGAUAGGCAACAAAAGAGAAGACAGGUUGUUGAAUACAAUGACGAAUUCAAUCUACCUGAAUUCAUGGCUGAUGAAGACAAGUAUCUGAAUAUCGAUCAAAAAAUUAUCAAACUGUUCAAUAAUGCAGAUGUCAGAGAUAUAAUUGAUUUAAGCAAUAUGACUCCAGAGCAAGCUACAGUUUAUGUGCAAAACAGACCUUACACUUCUAUAAGUAGUAUCUUGAAAGUUGAUGUUUCCAUGGGUAGGAAGUUAUCUAAAUUUGCAAAGUCUCCAAACGAAAGGCAUAUAGAAUUGAUUGGAGAGAAGUUGACUGCUUAUUCAGCAAUCGACACUUUGCUAAAACAGUGUUUUGAUUAUAGCAAGUCCAUUACGUCAGAAAUAAGAAAAUGGGGCGUCAACUUAAAAGGGAAAAACCUAAAUGGUGAAUUAGCAAUCACAAAUGUCGAUAUUGCCACAGACGAAAGUGACGAAGAGAAUGGUGGUGAUGAUAGUGGAAGCGCCAGUGAUAAUAUUGACCAAGAUGAUGAUGAUGUUGUUGUGAUUAAGAAGAAAUACAAGAAAUUUAAACUUGAUGGCUCUGAACAUGAUGAUGACUUUGGUACCUCGGGUUUUAGACCACGUUACAAAUCCAACAUUGACAAUUCUAAAGUUCCAGAUAAGAUUGGUUACUUUAAAAGAAAGCCUGUUCUUCUGUCCGAUGAGAUAUCCCUAAAAGAUUAUCAACAAGUUGGUAUUAACUGGAUCCAUUUACUUUUCCAGAAGGGUUUAUCUUGUAUAUUAGCUGAUGAAAUGGGGUUAGGUAAAACUGCACAAGUUAUAGCAUUUUUGUCACACUUGAAGAAGAAGAAAUAUAGAGGGCCUCAUUUGAUUGUAGUUCCUUCUUCAACCCUUGAAAAUUGGUUACGUGAAUUUGAAAAGUUUUCUCCAACAUUAAAGGUGAUUCCAUACUAUGGAUCCUUGGAUGAGCGAGAAGAGUUAAGGAAUGUUUUGUACGAGGAUGAUGAUUAUGACGUUGUCAUCACAACAUAUAAUUUGACAGUGGGUAAGAUUGACGGGCCUUUUCUGCAAACCUUGAACUUUAAUGUCAUUGUUUAUGAUGAAGGACAUAUGUUAAAGAAUGCAACCAGUGACAGGUACAAGAAGCUUACAAAAUUAAGAGCAAAUUUCCGUCUAUUGUUAACAGGUACCCCAUUGCAAAACAAUUUAAAAGAAUUAGUUUCCUUGCUUGAUUUUAUUUUACCGGAGGUUUUUGGAUCCAAGAUGUCUAAACUACAGCUGUUAUUUGAUAAGAGGGCAUCAACUAAAGUUGAAAAUGAACAAAUUCAAGGUAAAAACUAUAAUCCUUUGAUGUCUGAACAAGCCAUUAGUAAAGCUAAAGUUAUGAUGUCGCCAUUUGUUUUACGCAGAACUAAGGCCCAAGUGAUGACAGAGUUGCCAAAGAAGCAUACUGCAAUUGAAUAUUGUGAACUUGUACCUGCACAAGUAAAAAUAUAUCAAGAAGAACUCGAUGAGGUCAAUACUUACAGAAUUGAAAGAGAUAGAAGAAAGUUGUUGUCUGAUGAAGAACUCAAGAAACUCCCGCAUCUUGCUAAAAAGAAUGUGAAUAUGUUAAUGGCACUUAGAAAGGCAUGUAUGCAUCCCUUAUUAUUCAGGAGAUUAUAUACAGACAAGAUGUUGAAGCUCAUGGCAAGACUUAUAAUGAAAAACGAGGACUAUAUGGAUGCCAAUGAAACUUACAUCUUUGAAGACAUGCAAGUGAUGUCUGAUUUUGAACUCUCUCAGUUAUGCCAUCAGUAUCCGAAUGAAUUAGGAAAGUUUGUUUUGAAGCAACAAGUAUAUAGUAACAGCGGGAAAACUAAGGUCCUAGUAGACAUGUUAAGCAAAAUUAUUGAAAAAGGGGAAAAAGUGUUGGUCUUUUCACUUUUCACACAAAUGUUGGAUAUUCUUGAGAAGGUUCUUUCACUACAUGGAUGGAAAUUUUUGCGCUUAGAUGGUGCUACCGCUGUGGAUUCUAGACAAACUAUUAUUGACACAUUUUAUGAGGAUAAAACUAUUCCUGUUAUGUUGCUAAGUACAAAAGCAGGUGGUUUUGGAAUCAAUCUAGUGUGUGCCACAAAUGUCAUUAUCUAUGAUCAAUCAUUGAACCCGCAUGAUGAUAAACAAGCAGAAGAUCGUGCACAUAGAGUGGGACAAACAAAGGAUGUCCAAGUUACUCGAUUAGUCGUGAAAAAUUCAAUUGAAGAGAACAUUCUUCAUAUGGCAUUUAAUAAACUCCAGUUGGAUAAUAGUAUAAUGGCCCAAAAUACAGAAGAUGUUUUGCUGAAGACAGUCGAAGACCUUAUUGCCGUGAAGAAAGAACAGAAAGAUUCUAAACAGGAGGAAAAAGUUAUUACUGAAGAAACAGAUAACACCGAUGCUUUUGAAAGUCCUGUGACAUUAGAGUUGGCCGCCGCAGAGGAGGAAGAGAAGGACGAACCUGUAGAAAUUAUUGUUCCUGAACUUAAAAGCGUUAAGGGUAGAACCAGGCGGAACAGAAGGUCUGUCAAUUAUUUUGAUGGUAACGACCCAAAUGAAUUCAUUGAGAAAGACACCAACGCAAGGACAGAUGAAUGCGAACUGGUGGAUAUAAAUAGUGUACCCAAUAGUCCCAUAAGCACAACAGAGGAGGCCAAAAAUAACCGGAUUAGCAACAUGAACCUGCAACCAGUAUUCCAAUCCAUUAGUGAACCUAUAUCCUCACCAUCUAAGGUUACAGAAAGUGGUGAGAAAACAAAAGAUGCUGAGCAAGUGGGUGAUAAGGUCAAUGAAAAAACUACAGCCAACUCUUUAAGUUGUAUUUCUUCAUUGACCAAAGACUUGGUUAAACAGAUUAAAAAUGAAUUUAUAGUUUCAAAUCUUACACAAAAUGAAAAUGCUCCUAAGAAUACAAGUGAUUACGGAAGGAUGAAAUUACCCCAAACAGGCGAAUCUGAGAAUAUUGCCCAAUCAAAAGUAGAAGAAGAUUCAAGAUCAAAUCCUAGUGGCAAAGAGAACAGUCAAGUAAUUGCAGAAAAAAAUGGAGAUUCCAAGCAUGCAGAUGAUGAACACUCUAAUUCUUAUAAAGAUUCUUUACCAGAAAAUAACCAUCCGAUCUCAUGCAUCAAAAAUGAAGCAAGCGUGAAAGUUUCAAGCAACAGUCCAAGUGAGUUAUCAAAAGCGAACACCUAA